CAGUUGGACACAGAGCAGCCAUGAGGAAGCUGCUUCUUCUCACUUUAAUGGUAGCUCACGGAACAUUCAAUUGUGUUGCUGGAUGCGGCCUUGCCGCCUACCCUCCUGUGCUGGGUCGAGUGGUAGCAGGAGUGGACGUCAAGCCACACAGUUGGCCCUGGCAGGUUUCCCUUCAGUCAGACAGCAGUGGGAGCUGGAGUCAUGUUUGUGGGGGAACCUUGAUUGCAUCUGAGUGGGUCCUCACUGCGGCGCACUGCAUCAAUGGUCGUUACAACUACAGAGUGGAAAUGGGUAAACACAGCUUAACGGCGAGUGAGGAGAACUCAGCAGCUCGGUGGGCCACCCAGAUUAUCACCCAUGAAGGCUACAACAUCCUGCUCAGCCGCAACGACAUUGCCCUGAUCAAGCUUUCUACCCCAGUGGUCUUCUCUGACACCAUCAUCCCAUCCUGCCUCCCACAACGCGAUGCCGUCCUUCCCCAUGGCACUGCAUGCUACAUAACUGGCUGGGGUCGGUUGUCCACUGAGGGUGCACCAGCUGACAUCCUGCAGCAGGCUCUCCUGCCCGUGAUCGACCAUGACACCUGCUCACAGCCCGAAUGGUGGGGUGUCCUUGCAACCGACAAGAUGGUGUGCGCUGGUGGAGAUGGCGUCACUGCUGGCUGUAAUGGAGACUCUGGGGGUCCUUUGAACUGCCAGAACCCUGAUGGCUCCUGGACUGUACAUGGUGUGGUGAGCUUUGGUUCAGGGCAGGGCUGUAACUUCUUUCAGAAGCCAACAGUGUUUACUCAAGUCAGCUCCUAUCUGGAUUGGAUUGAUAGAGUUGAGAGCAACUACUGAUGCGGCUGUUCAAACUUAUGUCAUUGGGAAAAUGGAAAACUGAAAUGGUUUGAUUUGAACAACAAUAGAAAAUAUUCAUUUACAGCAUUGCUUCUCAGUUUUUUUUUUUGUUACGCGUACACGCAAUUGCACAUCAUACUCCUACUGAGAAAAAAAUAUAUAACGUGUUUCCUAGCAUUACACACCCGACUAUUUGCAAAAGUCCGUUAAUGGGUAUGUCGGCAUCGUGCUGCUUUAAUUUUAGAGUCGACUGCAAAGUUUCCUCUUCGCCCUUGUCUCCUUUCUUAUUGUAGGAAAUAAAAACAUUCAGUUUGGAGUUAGCUUAGCAGGUUUAAAAACCUAUAUCAUGUUUUCAUCUUUCAAAGUAAAAAAAACUGCAGUGAAAUCUUUAUUUCAAUAUAAUACUCUCAAAAUAAUGUGCUUUCAGUUCACAGUGGUGAACAGUGAUAACCAAAAUAUUUUCACAAUAGAUAAAAAAAAAAACAUUGAAAUUAAUCCCUUAAAAAUACGAAACAGCA